CGUGCGCAUGCGUGGAAGAGAAAGCUGAGCCUAUGUUUUGCCCUCGGCCAUGGUCGUGUCCUCCGUCUCCCGCUUUGCGUCCCAAUACCGGCCGGCGCCUCUAGCGAGGUUGCCGCCUCAGCUGGACCCCAACGAAUACCAAUGGAGCCCCGAGAAACGCCGCGCGGAAGCCGAGCGGGUCGCCCUCCGCUCCCGCAUGAAGCGCGACUACUUCCUGCGGGUUAACGACCCUCGACGGAUGGAGCUCGUCGAAGAUCCUGCUGUAAUUCGUUGGGAUUAUGCCAGAAGGCAAAACGUGUAUCCUAGCUAUCGUUUUACUCCUAAAAGCUCCCUAUUGAGUCUUCUUUGGGGAGUAGGGCCCUUUGUUUUCUGGUAUUAUGUCUUUAAAACCACUAGGGCUUAUAAAGAAAAACUCAAAUCAGAAGGCAGAUAUGAGGAGGGGUUCCGUACUGGCUAUUAAGUCUAUCUUGUGUAUGAAAAUCUUGUUGGAGAAACUUUAUUUCUCUGUAACUACUUUCAAAAUAAAGCUUACUAAAUAAA